UUUCGCCCGGCUGGUGAGAAGCAGGCUGCCACACCAGCCCCAUGGAGAAUCCCACGCCGGAGACAUUCGUGGAUGUGGACAAGGGGAUCUGCAUCGGCUUCCUCUCGCUCAUGUGCUUCUUCCUGAUGCUCAUGAUGGUGCGCUGCGCAAAGCUCAUUGUGGACCCCUACACCGCCAUCCCCACCUCGACUUGGGAGGAGGAGCAGCUUGACUGACAGCGUCCAUCAGCACGCAGCAGCCCCCGUGAUGGGGACAGACAAGGUGGAGGUGGAAAAUGAGGGUGGAAGGAAAGCAAAUGCUUAAUCCUUACUCUUGGUUCCUCCGCUGCUGGACUGGACCAUCUGGAUUCCUUCCAACUCUAUGAUCCUUGGAUUCCAUGAUUCUCAUAGUAGUUCUCCCCCGUUCCAUGAAGCAGUGGAAAGCUCAGGACAAAAUGCACUGUCUGAUGUCAGAUCCACGCCAGACAUUGAAAGCACGACUUUCCCAAAGAAUUCUAGGAAACUGCCAUUCCUCCUCCUCUCAGAGCUACAAUUUCCAGCCCCCUGAACAAACUACAGUUCCCAGGAUCCUUUGGAGGAAUUCAUGGUUUUUUAAAAAAUGUGCGUUGAGUGUUCUUUAAAUGUACAGUGUGGAUCUGCCCUCUGGCUGAUUUGGUUCCCAGACAGAUUCCCAGCAUGGGUUGCAAUCAAAUACAGUGGUACCUCAGGUUAAGAACUUAAUU